AUGGGCGAAAGUAGGCGCAUUCCUAUUCGGCCGGGUAUUGUGGUGCCACUGCUUAUUGUUUGCUUUCUAAUCGAAAGCAUCCUGUCGGCUGCAUUGAACGGUGACCGACGAGAGUGCACGACAGCCAACAACAAAACCGGCUAUUGUAUGCCAAGGGAUGAUUGUGUGGAUGGGGAUAUUGUUGAUCUUCGUGUGAUCACUAGCGAUUGUCAGGAUACCACACUGUUCUGCUGUUCGACAGCGCCGAAAGCUUCUGCUCCUUCACCCACGAAUCCAGCACUCACGGAAUGUGACAAUCACAGAGGAUACUGCGUGAAUAGCCACGAGUGCCGCGUCCGGACAUAUCGAUUGCGCACGAAUCGAUGUCCUUCCUACCACGAUGUUUGCUGCCCGAAAAGUUCCUUACCCGAAAUGGUUUCGAUAGUUUCAGCUGAUACCGUUAGUACAUUGAGACCUGUGGCGACUACAUCUAGUAUACCGGUGUGGUCAUAUUCUCGCUUAUCUACUACAACACCUUCGAGCAUGACUAAAAAACCAGCAGAAUUUAGAACGACAACACCAUCGACGACGGAUGAUAGUACGGAGCCGGAAUGUACCAGUCCCGAUUGUUUCAAUGUGGAGGAAAAUGUCAAUCACGUUCUCAACAGUGGCAUAUCCCAAACCGCGGCUGAAACUGUUGCAUCGCAAGGGACCAACGCCUCCGAAGGAGAUGGUGAAAACAACAACAUUGUACCGACCAGCACUCCUAAGACGUUGAUUGAAAUGUCUCCUUCCUCAACGACGUCACAAAGCACCAGCUCAGUCACUGACGAAGACGGGUUAGUGUCGAGCUUUGCGCCUGAAAACUUCUCCUUCCAGGAGUGUGGCCAUCGAAAUCCCUACGGAGUGAUGCAGCGCACGGUAAACGAAACUGCGAGGGCAGAAUACGGCGAGUUCCCGUGGACGGUUGCUUUGUUUCAGCUGCCCCAGCAGCGGUACUGCUGCAACGGUGCCCUCAUCGACGAGUCCUUCGUCCUAACCACAGCUCACUGCAUCAACUGGUGCGGAGGGCCACUCGCGAAGGUAGUAGCCCGAGUGGGCGAAUGGAACAUGAGCGCGCGCGCUGAAAUGGUGCUCCCGCGUAAAAAUAUUGGCGUGAAAAGUGUUCACCUACACCCGCAAUUUGGACCUACUUCCCUUAUCAACAACAUCGCCGUUAUUGAGUUGGAACGACCCGUUCGGUACCAAGCGACAGUUCAACCGGUAUGCCUACCAUCCUCGGAGUAUCCACUGAGAAGCACCGAGAACAUGAUUGCUACCGGAUGGGGCAAGACAAUGAGUUCGGCGAGUCCGCACGUUCUGAAACGGCUCGAUCUGCAACACCUGGAUGUCAGCAUUUGUCAGGAUAAGCUGAAAUCGAUUCAACAUCCGUACAAGUUUAGCCUACACGAAAGCUUCAUGUGCACCACCACCAGUCACCCGACGGAGGAACGACCCUGCGAAGGUGAUGCCGGGUCUCCGGUGGUUGUUGAAUUUCGGGACAUGAUCGAUCGCUACUACUUGCACGGUUUAGUCUCGUGGGGGUACGGUUGUCAUCAGCAAACCAACCGCUUCACGGUGCUAACUAAGGUGGAAAAUUUUGUAGAAUGGAUACAGGAAGUCAUGGGGGGCGUAUACCAUGAGUAGACGUAGUAUAUUCGCACGCAGGAGUCUAGAAAUGGUGGAAUUUUGUCAAUUCUGACAACCCAAAGAUGUAGCGUUGAAGUAAAAUAACACGAGAA